AUGCUUUUAAGUACGGCUUUUAAAUGGGCUGUGCUAUGGAGUUUUUUGCUUACAUCUUCAGGCUACGUAUAUUUCAUAGAGCAGGAAGCUUACGAUAUCCAUCAAUUUUGGGCAUGCCGCGGCGUUCCUGCGCUCAAAGCACAACGGGUAUUUCUUCCCGAAGAAGCAACGGAAGUAUACUAUAGCACGUUGAUGAGUGGGCGGUUUCCGGAAGACAAAUAUCUGGACCCAGAAGUGCCACCGGCCAGCAUACUCACUAGUGAAGCUUACUUGGAGGUCCUCGAAAUUGUUCUGAGCAAACCGGAAGAGGAAUUUGGCAAUAGACUCUAUAUGGCAAUGAACUGCCAUCUAUUCAACAAUAUGGAGUGGGUACGGGACGUGUUUAACCGUGCAUUAUCGAGAAAUACCGCCACCGUACGGGCAAUAUUGGAUAUCAUUUAUCGUAUCGGCUUGUGUCUACGGGGCAUCGAUACUCAUCUGAAUUGUCCGGACGUGUGUCGCAAUAAACAAGGCGACUAUUGUGCGAAAUCCCCUCAUUCAAUCGGGACAUGCAGCUCCUACCUGGACGACAGUAUACUCAGUGUAUUGCCCGAACUGACGAGCAAUGUGUCCGCAAAUACACCGUCAAUUACUACUUUCCAUCGACAGGUUCCGAUCCAACGGAGGCUGCCACUCGACUUCUUCUUCCGACUCAACCGUACAAAAGAAGUAAUUGAGAUACAAAAACAGAUCGCUCGAACGGCUUAUUGCCCUUGCCGGAUGUACUAUCGGUACGACAAAUUCUUGGACGGAUGCAUUGAUGUGAGCCAGGAUAUUGGAUGUGGUGGUAGCAACCCAUGUGUCAACGGGGGCCGAUGUGUAACCAAACUGGUUGAGAACACAUUCGGAUCAGAAUACUUACAGGAAAUAGCUACUGUGACAUGUGAAUGUCCACCGGCUUUCCGAGGGGAGUUCUGCGAACUAGAGACAGACCGCUGUGUAGAAGAGAAUGUAUGUGGUGAAUUCGCCUGUCUCAGAGACCCACACGACAUGGAUAAUGGGUACAGGUGUCUCUGUCCUCCAACCCACAAACGAAAAAGUCCAGGAGAGCCUAUGUGUGUCCCAUUACCAGCUUGUGGAGAAAGAUUGGAAACGCUUGACGAAACUGACGAAUAUGUGUUGUCUAACCCUGCCGCAACACAAAAUCCAUGUCUGAAUAGAGGAUACUGUGUUCAGGGAGAGGAUCCGACUAUGUACACAUGCAUCUGUCAACCUGGAUAUAUGGGAAAAAACUGUGAAAUCGAGCCACCUGAAGCAACCUGGGGCCCAUGGACAUCAUGGUCAGACUGUAUUUGGCCCGAGCCGUAUGAGAUUUGCUAUAAACGGCCGUUUCAACAGCAAACACGCCGGUGUCUGAAGUACAAACCGGGACAACGCUGUAUUGGCUCUCAACGGAGACAACGACAUGCUGGUUGUGAUUUAAAUUCGGGUAGUCCAGCAUCAUUCACCGGGAUCACCAGUUUGAAACGAGAGAGACUGAAAAAAUCAGCUGAACUAUGUGAGCUUUCCGGGAAACAAAUACAAACAUCCAUCAGCGAAAAAAUAUUGGGAGAGCAAUUGCUGAGCAUCGAAGCAGUGGACGAUUGGAGCACAGUUGGCCUAGAAGACGCGCCGUUUCUCAACUUGCCCACUUCACUUCGUCAUGGGGACCUGCAGGCUGUCAACUGGCCCAGAGCAGAAGAUUUGCUGUUCAUGACCCUGUGGAUUUAUGCUGUACUCAUUCACAUUGCACUUAUUCUCUUGUGGAUAUACUACAUUCACCGCUGGCGUAAGCAACGGAACAAAAUAAUAGGGAUAACUGAAUGAUGAACCAACGAAAAAAACAUUGUAAAUCUCGUAGUUUGAAUUGCUUUGUUCAGAAAAUUCAUGUUUG